AUGGAGGAGAGCAUCUGGCUGCGGGUUGUUCUAAAGGACAACUGCUUCUUACUAGUUGGCUGUGUGGAUCACCCUGCCAAUGCCAUUGGGGACUACGAACUUUGUCUCCGGCUGCGAAGCCUCUCUCGUGGUUUGCAUCAACAGAAGGAUACUUCCGUUCUGCCCUUGAUACAACUGAUCUCUCAGCAAACUAAGAAACUCUCCAAAGAAAAGUGGAUGGCUGACGCCGUAGGAAACCCCGUGGUUGGCGCUAAGUUGACCGCCGAUAGCUUCAAUGCCUUCCUAUCCAGAACGUUUACUGAAAACUCGGCCGCUGCACUUCCGACUAUCCCGGCUUGGACGGGUGCCGUCCUCGAAACCAUACCUUUUGCCCUCUGGGACGUGACUGUAGCCAUUCGUCAUUUUCGUCAAUCUUAUAGCCCACGACAUGAUGGCGUCCCGGUUAGCCUUCUAAAUUCUGAAGCGAAUGAUAUGUUUAAAUCUGUUCGGUUAAACCUCAGCGAUUAUGAUCAGUUUACUAUCAAAAUCAGUGCUGGUCAUGCCCUAAAGGAUCGGAAUCAAAUUUCAUCUCCAUCUACUGAAGAAAAGAAAGUACUUAAGAAUUUAAAACCUGAUAAAACUAUCACCAAACUUCCAGCCGACAGAGGAGGCUCAACUGCUAUCUUGAAGAAAGCAGACUACGAGCUGAAAAUGCUCUCAGUACUAAAAGAUAGCUCAACCUAUGACCCUCUUCCAACAGACCCUACCAAGAAACAAAUGUCAUCCAUUGAAAAAGUACUGAAACGCCUUACAGGGACAUGUGUGAGUUCGACCACCGUAUUCGGUGAAGUCCAGCAUUUGCCCGAGAGCAGGGAGAGUGACUAA